UUUCAAUUUAGCUCUAUUUUGUUCUUCAUUUUCCCCUUCUUAUACAAUCUUCAAAAGACCAAAAAAAAUAAAAAUCUAAACUAUCACAUCACAUGUUCUUGUAAAUCCUCACCAACCCCACUUAAAAUUUCCAGUUAUAAGCCUCAAAAAACACAAAUUUUAGCAAAACAUACAAAAAUUUGAGAUUUUAAUACAUUCUUGAUUUUUGGAAAAAAAAAUAAAAAUCCUUAAAAACUUUACAGAUUUUUGUAAAUUAUUGCAACCCCACUUGAUAUUUCCACUUAUGAUCCUCAAAAAACACAAUCUUUAGUUAGUAGUAGAAAUUCUUGAUUUUUGAAAAAAUAAACAAAAAUUCCUAAAUCCAUCACAUAUUUUUGCAAAUUACUGCAACCCCACUUGAUAUUUCCACUUACAAACCUCAAAAAAAUCAAUCUUUAGCAGUAGAAAUUCUUGAUUUUAGCAUAUUUUGCUAUUUUUAGUAGUAGUAGCAAUUCUUGAUUUUAACUAUUGUUAAUAUAGUAGACAUUCUUGAUUUUUGCAUAUUUGUAAUAGUAGAAAUUCUUGAUUUUAGCUAUUUUUAAUAUAGUAGACAUUCUUGAUUUUUGCAUAUUUGUAAUAGUAGAAAUUUUUUAAUUUAGCUUAAGCUUGCUUAAUGUCAGUUGCUUGUGGAUUUGAGUGUGUAGUUGUGUUAGGAUGUAUGCGUUGGGUAUGGAAACGUUGUACUUACAUAGGCAAUGAUGACAGUGCCACGUGGCCUCCAGCAACCUACGAUGAAUUCGAACCUAUACCUCGUCUUUGUCGUACAAUUCUUGCUGUUUAUGAAGAUGAUCUCCAUAAACCAAAGUUUGCACCUGAAGGAGGUUAUAGGCUUAAUCCCCAUUGGGCUGUGAAGCAUGUUGCAUAUAAAGAGACACUUGGUAAUGCUCCACCUUAUUUGAUUUACCUUGAUCAUGACAACCAUGAGAUUGUUGUAGCCAUACGGGGUUUAAAUUUGGUUAAAGAAAGUGAUUAUAAAGUCUUGAUGGAUAAUAAGCUUGGGAAACAGAUGUUUGAUGGUGGGUAUGUGCAUCAUGGUUUGUUGAAAGCGGCAAUUUGGAUGUUGAAUAAAGAAUCCGAAACUUUGAAAAAGCUUUGGGUUGAGAAUGGGAAGAGUUACAAGAUGAUAUUUGCGGGGCAUUCUUUGGGUUCUGGAGUUGCAUCCUUGUUGACUAUAAUUGUGGCAAAUCACGGGGAUAGAUUAGGCGGUAUUCCGAGGAGUUUAAUCAGUUGCUAUGCUGUUGCUCCUGCUAGGUGUAUGUCGCUCAACUUAGCUGUUAAAUAUGCUGAUAUUAUCCACUCAGUGAUUUUGCAGGAUGAUUUCUUACCACGAACGCCCACCCCACUGGAAGAUAUAUUCACAUCCGUCUUCUGUUUACCGUGCUUGUUAUUUUUGGUGUGCUUGAGAGAUACCUUCAUACCUGAAGGUAGGAAGCUCAGAGAUCCAAGAAGAUUAUAUGCACCUGGUCGAAUGUAUCACGUCAUUGAGAGAAAAUUUUGCAGAUGUGGGAGAUACCCUCCAGAUGUUAGAACUGCCAUCCCCGUUGAUGGAAGAUUUGAACAUAUUGUGCUGUCAUGCAAUGCGACAUCUGAUCAUGCAAUUAUUUGGAUACAAAGAGAAACAGAGAAAGCGUUAGCGAGACUCAAGGAGGCUAUGAGUGCUGAGGCACCGACAGCUCCACCACCCGUGCAGAAAAUCGUAAGGCAGCACACACUAGAAAAAGAACACAAGAAGGCAUUAGAAAGAGCCGUCACUUUAAACAUUCCACACGCGGUGCCAACAGACGCAGAUGAGGAACCUUCAGCGCAUAAAGCGGAAGAAUCAUCACGAGGAGUAACAACAGAGGCGACUUCCCUCGUAGAAGGUGCAUCCACAAGUACGGACCAUUCCACCGAUGCAAGAGCUAACUGGAACGAAGUAGUUGAAAAGCUUUUCGCGAGAGAUGAAGAGCGGAAGUUAAUGAACAAAGAAGAAAGUAGUAGUAGUACUGUAUGACAACUCCCUUUGAAGGUGCUUUCUAUGUUCUUUCUUCUCUUUUUCUUCAAAUUUUGUAAUGCUUGAAGAAAAAUAUUUUUCAUAUUUUCACUAUUCUUUGUAUCCAUAAUAGUUCUGUACAUUUUUCUUUUUGUAAAACAAGAUAUCUGAAAUAGAAUGUAAUCCCCAGAGAGAGGGGAAUGUACAUCGUUAUGUAACGAUAAAAAGUCUCAUUCUAUGUAACGAUUGAUUUAGUGUGGUUGCGUUUCA